AUGGCGGAGGCGAGCCAGGAGACAGAUGGCCCCAGAUCCUCCAUGCCAGCUGAGCUGCAUUAUCCCCACUCAAAUUUUUCUCAGUGGAAGUUCAAAUUGUUUAGGGUGAGGUCAAUGGAGAAAGCCCCGCUGCCCAGUGAGACACAACCUGGGAAAGGGGUCUUGUUAGGAUUCUCACCUUCUUCAGCUCCAGAUAUAGAAUCAGAUAAUGGUGAGAAUCCAGGAAGUGUCAUGAAAUUAUGCUUGGGUGGAAAAAGCAAGGAAAAUGUGGAGGGGCCAGGCAGGAGGGUGGAUAUAAAGCUGCAGGAAAUGGACACCCAUAUGAACCACCUCAGGUAAUGAAAAGUCUUCUUAAAACAAACAUCAUGAAGUUUACGAUUUAGAAUUACUUUCAAGCAUUUGUCUGUUUCUUUUCUCUCUAUAGGUGCUUGUGUCGUCUGUGUGGGAUGGCUCUAAAGAAAGUCAGAGGACCGGUGCAUGAUGUCCAUGCAGAUCUGGAUGAGGCCAGCAAAGGUGCUCUGCGUAAAAUGGGCUGCAAGUUAACAAGCUGGCCAGAGGUGAUCCUCAAAGUCUUUAAAGUGGAUGUGACAGAAGAUACAGAAUCUGCCCAUCCUCUGUCUUUCUGCCAUCGCUGCUGGAUGGUCGCCAUUCGUGGAGGAGGCUUCUGCAGCUUCUCAAGAACUAAAGUCCAAGAGUGGAAACCUCACACUUCCCACUGCCACCUCUGCAUCUCCAGGAAACCUUCACUCCAGAGGACCAAGAGGAAGAGAAAGAAAUUCAUUCCAAGGGCCCAGAGUCUAGCAAAAAAGGCAAGGUGGGACCAUGGACACAGUAUUACUGUUGGUGAGAAAAGAGCUCUGAGACCAUUUGGAAACUGUCCCCUUAGGGGCUUGAGCAGACCCACCAUCCAGAGAGAGCAGUGGGUGAAGAAUAUCACCCACUGCCAGAAUGAGCACCUCAGUACCAAGCUGCUCUCUGAGAAUCUCCCAGCAGAUUUCCUCUCAUCUUUCACCUGUGCAGUGUGUGAUCACCUGCUCUCUGAUCCCACCCAGUCCCCCUGUGGGCACCUCUUCUGCCGGAGCUGUAUUAUAAAGUAUAACUACGUUCUGGGACCACACUGCCCUGCCUGCAACCUGCCCUGCACCCCUGAUGAUCUCACAAGGCCUGCCAAAACCUUCCUAUCAGCCCUACUGUCUCUACCUGUAGCCUGCCCUAACAGUAGCUGUGGAAAGCAAGUGAGCCUGGACUCAUUUAAAGCUCAUUGUCUGAGCCAUGAAGCGGAUGAGCAGGAUGCAGACCAGCCAUCAUCAGAACUCAACAACUACCUGCUAGCCAACAAAGGGGGAAGACCCCGUCAGCACUUGCUAAUGCUUACCCGCCGUGCCCAGAAGCAUCGGCUGAGGGAGCUGAAGAACCAGGUGAAGGUCUUUGCAGACAAAGAGGAAGGUGGAGACCUCAAGUCUGUUUGUCAGACUCUGUUCCUGCUUGCACUGAGAUCUACAAACGAUCACCGCCAGGCAGAUGAGCUAGAGGCCAUAAUGCAAGGUAGUAUUAUAGUGUGGCUUCUUAACCUUGAGACAGUUAUAAUGUUUGCGUUUUAAUAUGUCAGAAUAUACUUUUCAAAGCUGACGAUCAAUUGUUUUGUUCAUUUUCUGGGUGAUCAAAGAUGUUUUUCUGUGAUUUCAUGAUUUUCUGUGAAUUGAACCACUGCCUUAACAUGCCCAACCUGUUCCUAAUGCUCUGCCACUCUCACUCUGACUGUCUGUCAGUCCUUCAGUCUCACACUCUCCUAAACACACAAUAACAACUCCUGUGAAGGGGCUGUUAGAAUCAAAACAACAUCAGCAGCUCCUGUAUCUGCAAAUUACACAGACAGCACCACUGUCCUCUCUUGGGAAUAGAAGCCAGCUGGUGUCUGUUUUCAUCUGCAGCCAAUACAUCACUUUUGCCAGCGUCACUGAUUCACCCUCUGUCCCCUUGUGACAUUUGGAAAUUAGGCACAAUUGGGUCUUGUAAUCAUGGGUUUGUGAGCUUUUGACAAUGAUACCUUGAAAUUUGGGUGUUAAAUUUAUGACAUUCUCUGUCUGAGAGUAUAACUGCCUCCAAAUGUAGGGUAUCAAACUAGGAAAUUUUAAAUAUGGCAGUUCUUUUCAAAGUAUAAAUGGAAAUGGGAUCCCACAGUUUAGUGUUAAAUUAUUCUCUUCAAGUCACAAUCCUUUCUGCUCCCCAUACUCUUACAGACUUUGCCUCUUACUGUCUCUCUCUAAAAGUUUUUCUCGUCUUGUUUUUUCUCUCUCUCUAUGCAGGCAGAGGCUUCGGCUUGCAUCCUGCUGUGUGUUUGGCCAUUCGGGUCAACACUUUCCUGAGCUGCAGCCAGUAUCAUAAAAUGUACAGGACCGUCAAAGCCACCAGUGGCCGCCAGAUCUUUCAGCCCCUGCACACUCUGCGAGCUGCAGAAAAGGAGCUUCUCCCUGGAUUUCACCAGUUUGAGUGGCAGCCAGCCCUCAAGAAUGUGUCUACAUCUUGCAAUGUGGGCAUUAUUAAUGGGCUCUCUGGAUGGGCCUCAUCUGUGGAUGACUCCCUGGCUGACACCAUCACUCGGAGGUUUCGCUAUGAUGUAGCACUGGUGUCAGCGUUAAAGGAUCUGGAGGAGGACAUCAUGGAGGGGCUGAGAGAGCGUGGGCUGGAAGACAGUGCUUGUACCUCGGGCUUCAGUGUCAUGAUCAAGGAAUCUUGUGACGGGAUGGGUGAUGCCAGCGAGAAGCAUGGCGGAGGACCAGCUGUUCCUGAGAAGGCUGUGCGUUUUUCUUUCACUGUCAUGUCUGUCUCUCUACGGGCAGAAAAUGUGGAGGAAGAUAUUACCAUUUUUACUGAGCCAAAGCCGAACUCAGAGCUGUCCUGUAAACCCCUCUGCCUGACAUUCGUGGACGAGUCCGACCAUGAGACACUCACAUCAGUCCUCAGCCCUGUAGUUGCAGAGCGUAAAGCAAUGAAAGAAAGCAGGCUCAUCCUGUCUAUAGGUGGACUGCCUCGCUCGUUCCGCUUUCACUUCAGGGGCACUGGGUAUGAUGAGAAGAUGGUGCGUGAGAUGGAGGGCCUGGAAGCUUCAGGGUCCACCUACAUCUGCACUCUUUGUGACUCCAGUCGAGCAGAGGCCUCAGAAAACAUGGUGCUGCACUGCAUCACCCGCAGUCACGAGGAGAACCUGGAGCGUUACGAAAUUUGGCGAACCAACCCUUUUUCAGAAUCUGCAGAGGAGCUGAGAGAAAGAGUCAAAGGAGUAUCUGCCAAGCCCUUUAUGGAGACCCAACCAACACUUGACGCUCUACACUGUGACAUCAGCAAUGCCACCGAGUUUUACAAAAUUUACCAGGACGAGAUUGGAGAGGUUUACCAAAAACCCAACCCGAGCCGUGAGGAACGCCGCAGCUGGAGGGCAGCCCUGGACAAACAACUGAGGAAGAAAAUGAAACUCAAACCGGUGAUGAGGAUGAACGGGAACUAUGCCCGCAAGCUGAUGACUACGGAGGCGAUGGAGGUGGUGUGUGAGCUGGUGCCCUCAGAGGAGAGGAGGGAGGCCCUGAGAGAGCUCAUGAGACUGUACCUACAGAUGAAGCCUGUUUGGCGUGCCACAUGCCCGGCAAAGGAGUGCCCUGACCAGCUGUGCCGCUACAGCUUCAACUCACAGCGCUUUGCAGACCUCCUCUCCUCCGCCUUCAAGUACAGGUACAACGGAAAAAUAACCAAUUACCUACACAAGACCCUGGCCCAUGUGCCUGAAAUCAUAGAGAGAGAUGGCUCCAUCGGGGCCUGGGCCAGCGAGGGGAAUGAAUCAGCCAACAAACUGUUCAGGCGUUUCCGAAAGAUGAACGCACGUCAGUCAAAGGCUUUUGAACUGGAGGAUGUGCUGAAACAUCACUGGCUCUACACCUCCAAGUAUCUGCAGAAGUUUAUGGAAGCUCACAAAGACUCUGCCAAAGCUAUGCAAGCCACCAUUCACCCAGUGGAGAGCCAGGAUGAUGAGUACAUGUCAUUGGACAUGGAUGACUUUUGA